AUGUACUCGUCCUCGCACCAGAACCCCUCCUCGCCCGACUUUGGCGCCGGUUCCUCCCAGCCCCAAGCAGCCAACUACUCGCGACCGGGAGCCUACGGGUCCUCGGCAGACCCCUCCCCGACCGGAUCGCACGACGACCUCGACCCGAACCUCGCGCGCGAGCGCGAGUCGUACAUGGACUCGGACCUCGAGAUGCGCAAGUACCAGGGCUUGUCGGCCUCGGGCGUCGCCGGGUACCAGGCUGUCGGCGACGUCUCUGAGCCUGGAAGUCCCGUCCAUGAGGGAUCGUACGAGCGCAGCCAUGAGAGCGGGUCGUCCGGAACCAAGGUCGACGCGCCGAGCAACUCGCGCAUGGCUCGCCCCGAGACGAUGAGCAGCGACGGCAGCUUUGACGCCAAGCACAUGUCCGAGUCGGGCCACGGCCACUACGGCGCGUACGGCGCAGACGGCAUGUUCCACCCAGGCUCGCCGACGGGCCACUUUGGCCGCUACCGCGAAGGCUCGUUCGGCCAGCACUCGGGACUCGAGUCGGGCCGCGCGUCGACGAUCGGGACCGACCACAUCCCGUCGCACAACAUGCCGCAGAACUCGUCGCGCGUCGCGCUCAACUCGGACUGGCGCAACUCGUACGACCAAGGGUCCGACAUGAGUCGCAACAUGGCCAUUGCCGAGAUCGCCCCGGGCAAGGAGAGCUACGGUCGCGCCGACUCGAACUAUGGCGACGAGAAGAAGGACCCGGCGUUCGUCGGCGGCGGGUCGAGCUACGCCCCGCUCGCGCCUGGCUCGCCUGCGCUCGGCGGACCGCCCAAGUCGGGUGCGCGCGACGCCCCAGCCGUCGUCAUCUCGCGCACCAACCGCCUCGACUGGAUCGACGGUCUCCGCGGCCUCGCGUCCAUCAUCAUCUUCACGCACCACUUCUCCGACCUGACCUGGUCCCAGACGCACCCCAACACGCUCGCCGUCGGCUCCCUCCAGGGCUUCCUCCGCAAUGGUCAGCUCGCCGUCGGCAUGUACUUCCUCGUCGGCGGCCGCGUCCUCGCCGCCUCGUUCCUCAAGUCGGCCUUCACCGUGCCCAAGGCCCCCGUCGUCCACGGCGACGACGAGCCCGAGAAGCCCGUCGUGCCGCGCAAGCCGCCCGGCCCGCGCUGGCUCACGCUCUCGUCGUCCCUCUUCCGCCGAUCGAUCCGCCUCGCCUUCCCCGCCAUCAUCGUCGGGUUCAUCCAGUGGAAGGUCUGCGUCGACGGACUCAUGACGAAGGCCAUCGAGGCCGAGGAGCGCUUCCUCGCACCUUCGGCGCUGUGGGAGCCGACCUGGUGCCAGAUCGGCGACUUUGCAGGGUUCCUCCAGUUCUGCCUCGACCUCUUCACGAACCCGAACCACCAGUACAUGCUCACCGUCGGAUCGGCACUCUGGACCACCUACGACCAGUUCUGGGGUUCCGUCCUCGUCUACCUCGUCGCCGCCACCCUCACCCCGCUCCCCUUCCGCGGCCGCUACUCGCUCUACCUCGCCAUCUGCGUCGCCCUCUGGUGGAUCAACUCGUCGAACAUGCUCUACAUGAUUGGUCUCUGGCUCGCCGACUUCUACGCCUCGGGCUUCGUCCGCAAGAUCCAGGACCACUGGAAGUGGACGGUCGCCAUCGAGGUCUGCGCCAUGGCGCUCGCGCUCGCCUUCAUCGCCGGCGGACAGCACGUCGCAGGACCCGCUGACCGCGCCAUGGGCGCCAUCACCGUCUACGACGGCAAGUUCUCGUGGAACCCGUCGUACGUGUGGCCGCAGUACAUGCUCAUGAGCAACUGGAUCCCGCCGACGAUGAUCCUCAUCUGGUGCGAGGUGUCGCACGCGAUGCAGUGGUUCAUGAGCUGGGGCAUCUUCACCUGGGUCGGCAAGGUCUCGUACGGGUUCUACCUGAUGCAGUUCCUCACCAUCUACGGCCUCAUGCCGCACAUCCUCCUCCACUUUGCCGACCAGGACCGCUCGUCCUACUGGAACGUCGUCACCCCGACCUACAUCCUCUGCCUCAUGUUCAACUUUGCCGUCGCAUGGGUGUCGUACCACCUCCUCGACCGCGUCGGCCUCAAACUCGGCAAGUGGAUCUGGGACGGCCUCUUCGUCUCGAAGCCCAACACGGCCGGCUCGCUCCCCGCCAAGAUGGGCCGCCACGCCUUCUGGUGCGUCACCAAGGGCCCGAUCGUCCUCGCGCGCGGCUGGGCCAAGAACGUCGCCUCGUUCGGCAAGAAGGCCAAGCACGGCAUCCACAUGGCGUUCCACUGGCGCACGCCGACGACUCGCCCGCACGUCCCCGACCCCACCGACCCCGAAGUCCUCGCCCAGCUCCACUCGACGAGGUGGACGUCCGACCUCAGCCACGACAAGGAGGCGAUGCGCACGCGCAAGCUCCUCCGCCUCCAGUCGUACAUGUGGAUCCCGCACCUCUUCCUCAUCCCCGGCCUCACCGCGAUCUGGGUCGUCUACCACCCGAUGGGCGCCUGGACGUACGACGCCCUCACGUUCUCGUCGCUCUGGCGCUUCAUCUGGGUCCUCUCGUUGCCCAACUGCUUCUUCGCCUGGCUCGGGUUCAUCACGCCCGACAUCUCGCCCGAGCCCGGAUCGCUCGACAACAAGCCCGUCUGCCGCGAGUACAUCCGCAACUUCUUCGUCGUCCUCGUCACCAAGGGCUCGAACGAGUCGGCCGUCCGCCGCGGUUACAACAAGCUCAUCCGCCUCGAAAAGUUCCACCCGGCCGUCAAGGUCGUCGUCCUCACCGACGAGCCGUACGUCUACCCGGACCUCCAGAACAUCGUCUGCCCCAAGUCGUACAAGUCGCCGCUCGGCAAGGCCAAGUACAAGGCGCGCGCGCUCGACUACUUCCGCUACCACGUCUCGCUCGGAGUCUACGACUGGAUCCUGCACAUGGACGAGGAAUCCGUCACCGACGCCGAGUCGCUCCGCCACUGCCUCGAGUUCAUCCGCUACACGCCGCACCACUUUGGACAGGGCAUCAUCCUGUACAACGGAACGGGAUACUGGGACAACUGGUACUUCACCGUCGCAGACGGCAUCCGUGUCGGCGACGACCUCGCGCGUUUCCACCUCCAGAACACGAUCAUCAAGCGCCCCGUCUUUGGUGUCCACGGAUCCUUCCUCAUGACGAACGGCGAGCUCGAGAACGAGUGCACCUGGGACUUUGGCUCGCUCGCCGAGGACUUUGAGUUCUCGCAGGACGCCUGGCGCCGAGGCUUCACCUGCGGCCGCAUCCACGGUAUCGUCCGUGAGCAGUCGCCGACCACCCUCCGCGACUUCCUCAAGCAGCGUCGCCGUUGGUUCAUGGGUAUCCGCGACAUCAAGGGUCUCUACGGUCUGCCUCACCUCGCCAUCAACCUCUGGAUCGUCGGUGUCUUCACGCUCGGCGCGACCAUCAUCAACUUGCCGCUCGGCUUCAUCGAGCACUCGCUCACGCCCAUCUGGAUCGCCGUCGCCGCCAACUUCAACUUCAUCACGUUCUUUACGCUCUACCUCUGGGGUUUGUUCUUCCAGGAAUUGGACUUCGGACAGACCUGGUGGAAGAUCCCCAUCCACUUGGUGUGCGCGAUCAUCAUCCAGCCGUUCGCGUCGAUCGCCGAGGGCCUGUCUGCCAUCUGGGCGAUGUUCUCCUGCGUCCACAGCCAUGGCGAGUGA